ACUUUAUCUCCGCAUCGUCAGUCUGCGGGCCCAUUAUCAUCCAAUCUCAACACCCUACGCCGCAACAUCUCCAUACACGAUUCUCCCACGUGCUGAAGACAAGAGAGGCACGGGAAGGGCAUGGAGAAUUCAAACCAGGACUUUCAGACCUUCUCCUUCCGUGGCACGUCCACCUCGCGAGAUGCGCCAAACCCUCUGCGCCCAUACUACAUUCCUCCCUCCAUAGGCUUUCCACCGGAAUCACAGAAUGGAACCGGCAGUGGCCCUCGCCCGUCCUCAGCGGGCCGUUCGAGUUUCCCCGCCGCAGCUCGAGAGCUUUUUAACGACAUUGACUACGAGAGCUACAUCCCCGACCGAAGUCGCCACGGCGAUGGCAACGGCAUCGCCGACAUGACAAAGAGAUUGGUGGAUCAAGCGAUUUGGAACUACACAAGCGUUUUUUUGGCGCAGCCGUUUGAGGUGGCAAAGAUUGUGCUACAGUGCCACCUAGCGGACUCGACGGCGGGGACGAAGGAGAGGGGCCAACCUCAUGUUUCCACUCCAAGUGCUGGGAGCAGUGGAACAGGGCGGAACGGCUACGCUCAGCCAGAGCAAGGGUAUUUUGACUCGGAGGAAGAUGAAUCUGAUUCAGACCUGCCCUCGUACUUCACUCCCACCGCACCAUACGAGACGCCAUCAUCGCCGUCGUCGCGAAGGCGCAGAAAACCGCCGAGUCGCUCGCUGUCGGCAACGCCGACGCCGUCCACACAUUCCAACGCUGCCUCCUCGAGCUCUCGGCUGUACACGCUGGAGUUGCGGCGGAACGAUUCGAUCAUGGAGGUCAUCUCUCAGCUGUGGUCCAAAGAAGGCGCUUGGGGCAUCUGGAAGGGCACAAACAGCACAUUCGUGUACAACGUGCUGCUGCGGACUAUAGAAACGUGGACGCGCAGUUUUCUGUCGGCAAUGCUGGAUCUGCCGGACGCGACGCUGUUGGCUAUGGGCAGCCCAGCAGGCACCAUAAGUAUAUUGGACAGCCCCAACCCAGUAGCCAGCAUAGCUGUUGCUGUGGGAGCGGCAGGCGUAGCCGGAUUGCUACUCUCGCCCAUAGACAUAGUCCGCACAAGACUCAUUCUGACGCCUGUAACAUCUACGCCACGAGCCCUUCUCCCCUCUCUAAGAGCUCUGCCCUCGCUUCUCGUCCCCCCAACUCUCGCCCCGAUCACCUUUCUCACAAACGCUCUCCCUACCUUCCUAUCGACCUCGGGCCCCCUGUUCUUCCGCGCCUUCUUCCACAUCGACCCCGUCAACACACCCGCAACCUCAAGCUUCACGGCCUUCAUGCUCAGCCUGGCCGAGCUGUUCACGAAACUGCCGCUCGAGACGGUCCUGCGCCGCGGCCACGUCGCGUACCUGUCUGCGGCGUCCACGCGCGAGAGGAUGAACACCCUCCCUUCUCACCGCCAGCAGCUGUCCGAGGGCGCACCGGAGAUGAAGACAAUAGUUCCCGUGGGACCCUACAGGGGCAUCAUGGGCUCUAUGUGGUUCAUCGUCCGCGAGGAGGGCCAGCGCGUGCCCGUCUCGCAGCAGGUCGCCGCAGGACUGGGCAACGCGCGGCAAAGGCUGCCGCCGCGGAGGGGUCAGGGCGUGCACGGCCUGUGGAGAGGAUGGAGGGUCGGUUUCUGGGGCUUGGUGGGCAUGUGGUGCGCGGGCGCCGUGGGCGGAGGAAGCGGCGACGCCUUCUAGAUCGUUUGCUUACGCUUCGCUGGUACGACGGCUGUUUCGAGUCGUCCGACGGCACCUGUUGCGCCGGUGGCAGCAUCAGGGCUUGUCGGUACGGAUGGGCUUAUUUAUCUAUCUGUUCAUGUAAUCUCACGACACUCUAGGGACGACCUUUAUUCUACCCUCUCUACUCACUUUUUCCCCCUCCAGGCGCCGCAAACACACACACACACACAGCUUAUACACAUUGUUUGUUCAUCUUCAUCAGCGAGCACUUUGUAAAUCGUUGUACAAAUCCGCCCCCAUCCGCCACCACUGCCAAUACUUUUUCGUCUAAAGACUAUUGUUUCCUUUUGAUUUUUCCCGGGCUUGAACGUACACUUAGAGAUAUCCACCUCAUGCGGAGUUUUAAAUUUUACUGUGCUAUUUCAUAUGCCAAAACAAGAAAAAGUCUUUUGUCGCGCACAAAAAAAAAACGCAAACAGCAAACUUCGACCCUUCUCUCGCCAUUCCCAGCUUGCAAUCCCAAUGGCAGGACAAAGAGAGCACACUGAAAAGAGAAGAGAGAGACCAAAUUAAACAGAGUACGAAAAAAAAAUAAAAGGUAGCUUUCAAAUAGCAAUCGCAUUAUCAAAAGACGAGAACGUAUAUUUCUGCUAGAAA